AUGCUACAAAUUUUUGAUUGCAUUCGGGAUCAAGGAGAAGGAAUAUAUUCUGCUCUAUUGGUUAAUAGAUAUUGGUGCCGAAAUAUCAUCCCGAUCCUUUGGGAACAACCAUUUCAACGCUUCUCAAAAGUGUAUCACUCUCAACCUACCCAAUAUUUGAAAAAUCGAUCCCUUCGACUUUAUCAACCUUCGAACAAUAAAUUGUUAAACACGUUAUUUUCUUGCCUCCCUGAACAAGAUAAUAAGUCCUUGAAUUCUAAACUAUCUCAAUAUCGAGUCAAGAUACCUCAAUCUCAACAAACUUUAUUCAAUUAUGCUUACUUUUUACAAGAAUUUUCUUACAAAGAUUUGGAAUUGGUCAUACUCUCUUCCCUUCAACGUUGGUAUACAAACACUUUAUCUCAUGAUUCCUUUUACCCUCAAAUUCAUUUGAUCUCCACCGCUUUAUGUAAAUUAUUUUUACAAAGAUCAAAUUUACAUUCUUUAUAUUUCGAAAAGAAUUUCGCCAAAUUGGAUAUUCCAAAUUUCACUGAAAUUGAUAAUAAACGUCCCGCUCUCUCUCAACUUUCUCAUUUCUCUUUUACCUAUUCCGAACCUAUCACGACAAACAUUUUAAACCUUUUGAAAAUCAUCUCAAAUUUCUGUUCUCAUAUUACUUUUCUUGAAUUCAAAUUGAAAUCCGCGGAUUAUAAUAUUGAUGUAAUGGAAGCCAUUGUUAACAUCAUUAAUUCUCAAGAUAAAAUCACUCAUUUCUCCAUCGAGGAUAUUUCAAAUGAUGGAGCGGAACCGAUCAUUUUCUCAUUGAAAAAUCAUGUUUCCAAUUUAAUUUCUUUACGACUCUCUCACGUUCAACUUACGGAAUCUUGCGUUGACUUGAUUUCUCAAUUUAAUAAUUUGAAUUUCCUCACAAUCGAUAAUUGUAACGGUCUCUCAAAUGAAAUCCUUUAUUCUCAUUUCCUUCUUAAAAAGUUAAUUAUCAAUACUCAACGACAAGAUAUUACUUUACCUUUAUUGAGAAAAUUUGGUAAAAACCUAAAAUUUUUGGGUCUUAGCGUUUAUGAUAUAAAUCUUGCCGAGCAGUUAUUAGGCUUUUGUCCACGAAUCGACAAAAUCCAUUUGAAUAUUCAUACUGAAGAUGUUUUGGAUUAUGAAGAAUUAAAAAGGAAGGAAGCAUCUUGGAAGAACAUCAUCAAAUCCGCUUAUCCUCAUAAAAAUAUUACCCUCUCGAUCGGUUAUUAA